AUGCUGAGUACUGCUCGAUUGUGGUGUAGACCAAUUCUGAGGACCUGUGUUCCUAAGUAUAUUCGUACUAACACAACCUCAAAGUCGUCACUCCCACCUGAGACCGGCUCUUUGGGACGUGAUUCUUUGUUAUCUUCGUAUACGUUUCCGUCGAUGAGCAAAUCAGUUUCAUGGUUACCAGACGUCAAGUAUGCUCAGUCAGGAGCAAAUCGUUAUGAGACACAUGUCACGACAUUAGAUAAUGGACUGAAAGUGGCAUCAGAAAAAUUAUUUGGAGAUUUUUGUACUGUAGGAGUUAUUAUAUCUGCUGGUCCACGUUUUGAAGGCGGUUAUAUGAAUGGUAUCUCACAUUUUUUAGAAAAAUUAGCUUUUAUGUCUACAACCAAUUAUGCGAAUAGAGAUCUUAUACAAGAUUCAUUACAAUCAGUGAAUGCAAUAUGUGAUUGUCAAAAUUCAAAAGACAUUAUUAUAUAUGCCUUAUCCUGUCGAACAAGUGGCCUAGAGCGUGUUGUAGAUAUACUUUCUGAAACGAUAUUUCAACCAAAAUUGCUAUCAGAAGAAUUAGAAGAAGCACAAGCAGCUGUAUUUGGCGAAAUAGACAACUUAUAUAAAAGAUAUGAUCCAACGCCAAUAUUAACCGAUAUGAUUCAUUCUGUAAGGGCUGGCUAUGGUAAUCAAACAUUGGGAUUACCCAAGUUCACACCAUUAGAGAAUAUUAGUAAAAUAGAUUCAAAACUUAUUUAUUCGUAUAUGAAUGAUUAUUACAGACCUGAACGAAUGGUAUUAGCCGGUGUUGGUGUUGAUCAUGAUUAUUUAGUUGAAUUAGGCAAAAAACAUUUUUUAAAUAAGACACCAGUGUGGAAAACGAUGAAAGAUAUAGCACAACAAAAAAUAAUUGCACCAUCAAAAGCCAUAUGGACUGGUGGUAAAUGUUUGAUUGAAAGCGACCUGAGUAAUUUGACAUUUGCGCCAUCCUAUUUGGAAGAACAUGACUUUGUAACAACGUGUGUGCUCAGUCAAUUACUUGGAGGUGGUGGAUCGUUCAGUGCCGGUGGUCCGGGUAAAGGCCUCUAUUCAAGAAUGUACAUGAACGUUUUGAAUAGAAAUGAACUGAUGAGAACAGCCGUAUCUUAUAAUCAAGCAUACGAAGAUAGUGGAUGUUUUUACAUGCAUUUUGGUUGUGAUCCGCCGUUUUUAAAGAAAAUGAUUGAUGUUGCACUAAGAGAAAUUGGUUUACUAAUAGCACAUAUGCCUGAUGCAGAUGAAUUGGAUCGUGCUAAAGCUCAAUUACAAUCAAUGCUAUUUAUGAAUCUUGAACAACGUCCAAUCGUAUUCGAAGAUGUUGCAAGACAAGUAUUAGCUGUAGGAAAAAGACAGCAAGCCGACUAUUAUUUUAACAGAAUAAAACGUAUCACAGCCGAUGAUAUUGUGCGUGUAUCUCGUCGUAUAUUCUCAACCCCUUUAGCUGUUGCAGGAUAUGGAAAAGGUGUUAAUAGUAGUGAUAUGCGUUCGUAUAAUUAUAUAGCCGAUACAAUACAACGACAAUUUUCCCCUAAAACACGAUGGCGUAUAUUUGGUUAA